CAGAACAUAUUGUCUGGAGACAUCAAUGGAUCCCUCUAAUCCUGAGGAAUCUUCUGACCAAUCACAUCACAUGACUUCAGAUAUCCAUCUCGGAUCCCACAGUGAAGACCCGUCUACAGAUCCAACUAUCCCCGAGGAAUCUUCUCUCAGCCAUGAAGGAGAUCACACAGGAGAGAGGUCAUUGUCAUGUUUGGAGUGCGAGAAAGACUUUAAGAUGAAAUCUGAACUUCUUCUACAUCUCAAAACCCACAACCAUGUGACCUUUUCAUGUCCAGUGUGCGGGAAAACUUUUUUUGACAAAAGAAACUUUCUUAGACACCAGAAAAUUCACACAAGUGAACGUCCAUAUCCAUGUUUAGAGUGUGGGAAAACUUUAACUUCCAAAAGAAACUUUCUUAGCCACCAGAGAAUUCACACAGGUGAGCGUCCUUACACAUGUUCAGUGUGUGGGAAAGGUUUUCUGGUGAAACGGAACCUUCUUGCACACCAGAGAAUUCACAUGGGUGAACAACCUUAUGCAUGCUCAGAGUGUGGGAAAGGUUUAACUAGCAAAGCAGAUCUUCUUAGACACCAGAGAAUUCACACAGGUGAGCGUCCAUAUUCAUGUUUAGAAUGUGGGAAAAGUUUUGCUAGGAUUGGAGACCUUCAUAGACACCAGAGAAUUCACACAGGUGAGCGUCCGUAUUCAUGUUCAGAGUGUGGAAAAAGUUUUACUAGGAAAGAAGACCUUCAAGGACACCAGAGAAUUCACACAGGUGAGCGUCCGUAUUCAUGCUUAGAGUGUGGGAAAAGUUUUGCUCAAAAAGGACACCUUGUUACACACCAGAUAAUUCACAAGGUUGAACAUCCUUAUUCAUGUUCAGAAUGUGGGAAAAGUUUUCCUAGGAAAGAAAACAUUCUUGGACACAUGAGAAUUCACACAGGUGUGCGUCCAUAUUCAUGUUUACUGUGCGGGAAAGGUUUCUCGUAUAAAGGACACCUUAAUAAACACCAGAAAACUCAUAGGUGUGAACAAACAUUUUCAUGUUCAGUGUGUGGGAAAAGUUUUACUGACAAAGCAAACUUUCUCACGCACCAGAGCAUUCACACAGAUGAGCUUCCAUAUUCAUGUUUAGAGUGUGGGAAACGUUUCUCGCAUAAAGGACACUUUAUUAGACACCAGAGAACUCACACGCGUGAACGACCAUUUUCAUGUUCAGAGUGUGGAAAAACUUUUACCGUCAAAGGAAGCCUUCUUAGACACCUGGGAACUCACACAGGUCAUCGACCAUUUUCAUGUUCAGUGUGUGGGAAAGGUUUUAUUGAGAAAAGAUGCCUUCUUUCACACCAGAGAACCCACACGGGUGAGCGUCCUUUUUCAUGCUCGCAGUGUGGGAAAAGUUUUACUGACAGACCAAACUUUCUUAGGCACCAGAGAAUUCACACAGGUGAGCGUCCAUAUUCAUGUUUAGAGUGUAAAAAAUGUUUUGCUGACAGAGGAACCCUUGUUAGGCACCAGAGAAUUCACACAGGUGAGCGUCCGUAUUCAUGUGCAGAGUGCGGGAAAAGUUAUACUGACAAAAGAGCCUUUCUUAGGCACCAGAGAAUUCACACAGGUGAAAGACCAUUUUCAUGUUCAGAGUGUGGGAAAGGUUUUACUGACAAACUAAAUUUCCUUAUGCACCAGAGAAUUCACACAGGUGAGCGUCCGUAUUCAUGUUUAGAGUGCAGGAAAUGUUUUUCUGUAAAAAGCAACCUUCAUAGACACCUAAGAACUCACACGGGUCAGCAAACAUUUUCAUGUUCAGAGUGUGGAAAAAGGUUUACUGACAAACGAAACUCUCAUAGGCACCAGAGAACUCACACAGGUGAGCGUCCAUUUUCAUGUUCAGAGUGUGGAAAACGUUUUGCUGUCAAAGGAACCCUUCUUAGGCACCAGAGGAUUCACACGGGGGAGUGUCCGUAUUCAUGUUUAGAGUGCGGGAAAUGUUUUUCUGUGAGAAGCAACCUUCUUAGACACCUGAGAACUCACACGGGUCAGCAACCAUUUUCAUGUUCAGAGUGUGGCAAAAGGUUUACUGACAAACGAAACUUUCUUAGGCACCAGAGAACUCACACAGGUGAGCGUCCAUUUUCAUGCUCAGAGUGUGGAAAAAGGUUUGCUGUCAAAUGGACCCUUCUUAGGCAUCAGAGAAUUCACACAGGUUAA